AUGCAAGGCUAUCUCCAGCCUCCCACUUUGCCAUUAGCAUCAGUUUCUUCAAAUUCUGGCCUGUUGCUUGCGCCGGUGGCAAAUAUGCCAGCCUCUUUACCUGCAGCUACACCUGGCAGGUGGUCUGCCGGGUCCCUCCCUCCAUGGAAUCCUCCAGGACCUCCAAUCUCUGGAACAACCAAUGACCAUCGCUUGUCGCACCAUGGGCAUGGUGUUUCCUGGUCACUGCUUUCAGUAAUCCCAACCCUCCAAAGACGCCAGGCAGAAAGGUCGGCUAAUGCUGUGGCUUCCUCAUCAAGACAUCCUACCAGUCGAAACUCGAGGUCAACAAGUGUGACCCAACGCCGGCGUAAAACCACGAAGUACCUUGUAGUACUACAUCCUGAGCCUAUGCAUGGGACGGUGCACACAGAAUAUGAACAUAUGUUCCGAGAAAUUCGUGCACCUAUACCACAAAAGAUUACGAGUUUCAUUCUGCAGGCCCGCAACUUUGGUCUUGUCUUUGAGAUCGAAGACAGUUUUCAAAAAGAUGAUCCUGCUGGUCCUGUAUUCCAUCAAUCCCUGUGCUCUCAUUUUGAGAGGGUUGGCCUCGCAUUUUCUGGAUCCAAUUCACAUCCACCUUGUCAUAUCCCAUAUAUUCACGCUUCUCUUCCGGACUUCGGACCCUUAGAUCCGGUCCGGUCCGAUGCAUAG